AUGUUAGGUAUGACCAAAUUAUCGACAUUACAACUUUGUCAUAUUUUUUCAUACGUUGAGUACUUUGACUUAAAGCACUUCAUACAAAUUAACCAUAAAUGUCAACGUGUUUGUAAUCAUUUAAUUCAGGUACAAUGUUUAGAAAGAAAUUUAAUAAAUGUCAAUGUACCAUUAUAUUCAUUACAUUUAACACCUUCUAUAUUAAAUGGUGAUUCAGCAAAUGAUAAAUUUACUACAUUUGAUUAUAAACAACUUACACAUCUUUCAAAUAACUCUACAUUAAAAGCGUUGUGUUUUUCAUAUAAUGCAACAACUGAAUAUCAUUUACUUUCAAAUAUUAUUCAUCAAUUACCACUUCAUUCUCUUACAAAAAUUGAUUUAGGUACAUAUGAUAUUGGAGAAGAAAAUAUCAUAAAAUAUGCUACCCUUAUUGGAACAACUCAAACCUCAUUAAAAACUCUUUCUUUCUGGAAAGACCCAGGUAAAAAUGCAAGGUUUAGUGAACCUAGAGAAGUAGAGAUGUUUUCAAAGUUAGUAAAAUGUGAAAAUUUAAGAUGUUUUGUUUGGUCACCAAGUUUUGUUUCAAUGCAAAAAUUAACUUUACUUAAUCUCUUUUAUCAUUUAGAUACAUUUAAUGAAUCUGUUGAUGAUUUAAAGAAAUUACCUAAUUUAUGCUCAUUAAUUAUACGAUCAACUACACUUAGUCAAUUUUAUUCUAUUCAUAGAGUAAGUGAAUUAAGUCAAUUGACUUAUUUAAAUAUUUCUGGUACUCAAAUAAAUAAAGACCCAGCUGUAUUUUCAUUGGACAAAUGCUCAAAUUUAAAAUAUAUAUCAGUAUAUUAUAUUGCCAGUAUUAGUGAAGAGGUAUUUGAUAUAUUAAAAUAUUCUACCAAAUUUCAUGUUCAAUUCCAAUUAUAUUCAAUUCCUUUAGAAAAUAAUGAAUUUGCUCCAUUUAAUUUAACUGGUACUCAAUUAGAUCCUAAAAGAAUUUUAAUUCUUCAUAUGACAAUGGUUCAAAGAAAAAUUAAAUCCAGAUUUGCUAAGGCAUUAUUUAAUAGGUUUCAACAAUGGCCACCUAAUUUAUAUUUUAAAGGAUAUUCUACAUUUGAUGUUAGUAAUAUUCAUAAAUAUACUGGUAUUAGUAACUCAUUAGUACGUCUUGAAUUACAUUUUAUUGAACAAUUAUUAAAUCUAAACUCAGUUAAUUCAUUCUCUUAUCUUACAUCCUUAUCUAUUAAACAUUGUAAAAUUAAAACAGAAGAACCUAUUCCACUUAAUGGAUUAAUUUCUUUACAACGUCUUUGUAUAUCUCAUUGUGAUAACGUUCAAUUCUUGUCUAUUUCAGACAUUACUUCUCUUACAUCAUUUACUUUAAAAGAUCAAACUUGUUUUACUCCUUUACUACCUCAUUUAAUUCAAUUAACAAAUCUUAAACAAAUAAGUCUUAGUAAUAUAAGCAACGUUACAGAUAACGAUAUCGAAUUUUUAAUUCUUCUUAAUAAUAUUAGGCAUUAUAUCUUUGAAGAAGACUCAAUCUUCCAAGAAAAAGAAAAAUACUUUGCAACUCCAACAAGAACUGUUUCUUUUGUUACUCAUCAAGAUUAA